CAUCGUCAUUUCGUUUGUGCAGGAAAAGAAGAGGAACAAAGCAAAACACAAAGAAAGGCAAGAACGGCGAGAGGAGAGCACUGGAUAAAUUGGAAACUACUGAAAGUGAUUAAAAGCAGCCUUUCCUUCGAACCACAUCGCCAACAUGUCAGCCAGAAGAGCAACCCACGCAGGCAGCUGGUACACGGAUGCAGGUUCCGAGCUAUCCAGGCAGUUGGAUCGCUGGCUGGGUGCCGCAGAGCUCUCGCAUGGCCCGGCCCGUGCCAUCAUUGCACCACAUGCCGGCUAUACCUACUGUGGGGCCUGCUCAGCCUUUGCCUAUCGCCAGGUCAGCCCCGUUGUUGUCAAACGCAUCUUCAUUCUGGGUCCCUCGCAUCAUGUGCGCCUGCGCGGUUGUGCCCUGUCCGUGGCGAAAAAGUACAGGACACCUCUCUACGAUCUCAAAAUUGAUACUCAGAUCAACGCUGAGCUGGAGAAGACGGGCCAGUUCUCGUGGAUGGACAUGAAGACGGACGAGGACGAGCACUCCAUUGAGAUGCAUUUGCCCUACAUAGCCAAGGUCAUGGAGGACUACAAGGACCAGUUCACCAUUGUGCCUAUACUGGUGGGAUCGCUUAAUCCCGAGCAGGAGGCGCAGUACGGCAGCCUGUUGUCCGCGUACUUCAUGGACCCAACCAAUCUGUUUGUGAUAUCCUCCGACUUCUGCCAUUGGGGUCAACGCUUUAGCUACACAUACUACGAUCGCUCCUGCGGCCAGAUACACAAAUCCAUUGAGAAGCUGGACAAGCAGGGUAUGGACCUCAUCGAGACGCUGAGCCCCACGGCGUUCACCGAGUACUUGAGGAAGUACAACAAUACGAUAUGUGGCCGCCAUCCCAUCGGUGUGAUGCUGGGCGCCGUCAAGGCCCUGCAGGAUCAGGGCUACGACAAAAUGAGCUUCAAGUUCCUUCAAUAUGCCCAGAGCAGUCAGUGCGUGGACAUGGAGGACUCCAGCGUCAGCUAUGCCUCCGGUUCCCUUGUCUUUGAGUUUUGAAUGCACUCUCUAAAGUAUUUUGUCAGCUAUCCCGCAACAUCCCUCCCCUUUGUGGAUUUAAGUAUAAAGAGAUUUUUAAAUUUAAAACUAGCAGAAAAUUAAAGAAAUUUAAAAAAUGAAAAAUAAAAACCA